CUUGUUUUGUAUUUGUAAGUCAGUUUGUACUUGUAUGGGUAAGAGAGGAGGCCACGUUCAUCUGCCUGUUUCUAAAAGUUGUCUCUGUCCUCUGUGUCACAAAGGAGUACUUGAAAAGUCUGGGCAACACUGAGUGCAGCCCACAGACAUUUCUGGAAAACAGUGGCAGUUUAGAUAAGCUCCUCAUCAUCAUUCAGAACGAGGACAUUGCUGCACACGUGCACAAGAUCCCAGCUCUAGUGUCUUUGAAGAAGUUACCUUCAGUGAGCUUUGCUGGAGUGGACACUCUGGACGAUGUCAAAAACCACACUUACAAUGAGCUGUUUGUGUGUGGAGGCUUCAUGGUGUCUGAUGAGUUUGUCCUCAACCCUGACCUUAUCACACAGGAUCGUUUGCAAGAGCUGCUGAAGUUCUUGGAGGAGCAAAGCACCCCUGAACACCCCUGGCAGUGGAAGGUGCACUGCAAGUCCCAGAAGAAGCUUAAAGAGCUGGGGAGGUCAUUAUCUCAGCACGAGUGCAACCAAAGCAGCAGUAAUCACAUCGAAAUGAUCUUUACACAUCUGUGAAGAAAUAUCCUGA